AUGGCCGUACCGGAUAAUGAACUAGAGCCAAUGGAAGUUCCAAACGAUUGGGAGGCAUUAGUGAACGCAGCUAACCUAACUCCACCUAAGGAGAAUGAUCUAGUCUUCAAGGACGAAUGUGUCUUCUGUUUUCGUACUCCAUUUUUUGAUGGUAAGUGUUUUAUUUGUGUUGUUGAUUUUAGAUUGAAGAAGAACGGCUUUUAUUUUUUGUUUUGCGAAAAGAGGUCAUUUAUGGAGUUUAUGACAAAAUUAAUCAUAACUUUUUUGAAAGUGGAGUAAAAAUUCUGAAAAUUUUUGAAAAGUUAGACUGUUAUUUCAGCUAACUAAUGAUUAAAAGGAAAUUUUGAAUUUUGGACAAGGUUUAAAGUUACAGCACUUUUACGCUUACCUACUUUUUCAAUUUUUUGUCAAACCCUACCUUAUUUCAGGUGGCUUGUUCGUCUGUCUAAAGCACUUUAUUGGUGUGUGCAGCUUCCACCUUGAUGAAUACACACGUUUCAACCCGGAAACCCGCUUCUUCCUCAAGAUUGAGCAGUUCAAAUUGCCCAAAUCAGCCGAAGAACCUCAAGAUAAGGUGCUCAAACUGAGUGUCACAGUGGAAGAGGACAAGAUCGAAGAGAACUUUGCCAUUAUCGCUGUAGAUGGGAAUCCGAAAGAACAGGCAUUGAACGAAAAACUCAUUGGCAGUUUGUUGUACGAUGUAGCCCAAAAGACCAUCUGCCAUCAGUCAGCAGCGAUGAUGGAACGACUACGUCAAGGUGCUUCGGAAUGGGAUGGUGGCGUAGUGAAAAUCGCGGAUAACAUCGACAGUUUUGUUCAAUUGGAUGUGGAUAAGCAAAUACCUUACUCUGGAUGGGUAUGUGAACAUGAAGAUUGUGGAUUGACCGAGAACUUGUGGUUGAAUUUGAGCGACGGAGUGAUCAAAUGUGGUCGAUCACAAUAUAUGGCUGAUGGGACUACGACAAAGGGUAAGUUAGAUCAUUUGAGGUUAAAAAUUAUGAUGGAAAGAAAGUUCUUGCGGUAUUUUAAAAAAAUGGGUUUUGUAAAGAAAGUUUUUGCGGUUUUUAAAAAUUAUUUUGUAAAGAAAUUUUUUGUGGUUUUUUAAAAUUUUUGAAAUUUAGGUAACUACCACGCUCAAACCCACGCCAACGCCACUGGCUUUCCAUUGGUGGUGAAGUUGGGUACGAUUCACAAUGGCGAGGGUGAUGUCUACAGUUACGCCGAGCAGGACACAGUCAGAGACCCCUACCUAAAGAAGCAUUUGGCCCAUUUCGGACUGGAUUUGAAUAAAUUUCAAAAAACUGAAAAAUCCACAUUUGAACUGGAAAUGGACCUGAAUCAGAAAUGGGAAUGGUCGAGGUGUUGUGAGGAUGGGGUAACACUGGACAGCGCUUACGGGGGAGGAUUUACUGGAUUGAUCAAUGUUGGGAGCAGUUGCUACAUGAAUUCGGUGAGUUUAGGCUUAGAAAUCGACUCAUAUUAAGCUUGAACUUAAGCCAAGCGAUAGUUUUUUGUUAAGUGACAUUUUUAAGUAUAACGCUAAGCCUAAAGGCAUCUUUGAGCUUAAAACUGAGCUUAGGGAUAGUUUUAAGUCUAAAGUUUUUUAGGCUUAAGCCAAAAUAUUUUUUUUUUCAUUUUUAGGUACUUCAAUGCCUAGCCCUAAACCCAGUCCUAUUAGACUCAUUCAACGACAAGUACAAGACUGACCUCAAGUUUGAACAAAUAAUCGAAAAACAACAUGAUUUCUCCUUCCAAUUGGCCAAACUCCUGAAGGCUAUGAAAAGUGGAGAAUAUUCGAAGAAGGACUUUGAUUUCAAUGGCAUUAAACCGCUUCAGUUCAAGAAGAUUGCUGGCGAAGGGCAUCCAGAGUUCUCGACGGCCAAACAACAGGAUGCUGAGGAGUAUAUUCGGUGAGAUAUCUUAUAAUAUAUUAGGUUGUUCACAUAAUUCUGCACCCCCGUACUCCACAAAGCAGCUUUGAAAAGGGGCGCAGAAUUAAGUGAACAACCUAAUAUAAUAUAAAGGUUUACUGUGUUGUUGUUUGGUUUAUAGACCAGGGGGCUGCCACUGAUUUUUAAAAAUUUUUUUGGGGGGGGGGGGGUCAAAUUUUUUUUUUGAUUUUUCGCCCCUACCCUUAAGUUAAUUUCUAUAUUUUUGUUUUUAAUUUUGUCUUUUCAGCCACAUCUUCAACAAGGUCGAAAACCUCUUACUAUCCCCAAACCCAGUCGACCAAUACCGCUUCAAAGUGGUGAAACGCUUCGAAGACGUCGCCUCUCACAAAGUCCGCUACCAAGACAAUGACGAGUACAUCCUCUCACUCAGCAUUCCAAAAGACCAACUUCGAGACGUACCAGUACCCGACGAACUCGACAGUUUCCUCCAAUUACCCAGGAAUUCAACACGAAAAUGCAUCGACCUGAGCCAGCUAAUCGAGAAUUUCUCCAGUCAACAGUUCAUCGAUGGAUUCGUGUCACCAAUAACAAAUGAGGAGAAAGGCGCUGUACAACAAUAUCGAAUUGCCACUUUCCCUAACACAUUGAUCGUUCAGGUAUGGGGGGUUGAAUUUGAAAAAAUGAAUGAAAAAUGGAGAGAAAUGGCUAUUUUUGGCUAAAAAAUUGAGAAAAAAUGGUUUUUUGGCUAAAAUUUGAAACAGAAAAAUGAAAAUACCGGUUGAUAAGAAUAGUAGAAAGUAUCUUUGUAGUAAAAAAUUUGUUUUUAUGUUCGUAUCUUGACGUAGGAAUGAGUUAUGUUGAUUUGAAAGUGACAAAAACAGAAAAAAGUUCGAAUCCGGCUGGAAACACGGGACAUUUUGGCUGUUUUUUUUUAUUUUGAGGUAUUUUUUGUAAAUUAUGAAGUAUAGAUAUUGUAAAGCAUUACAUUUUGUAUAUUACUACGUGAUUUUGAGUUAAUAUGACAAUGUCUGGCAGUGUUAUAUUCAUUCGAAAGUGACAAAAACAGAAAAAAGUUCGAAUCCGGUCGGCAACAUGGGACCUUUUGGGCGUUUUUUUUAAACUUUAGGUGUUUUUUGAAAAUUUUAAAUCAUAGAUAUUGUAAAUCAUUGCAUUUUGCAUAUUACUGGGUAAUUUUAAGUUAAUAUGACAAUGUCUGGCAGAGUUAUAUUCAUUCGAAAAUGUUAAAAAUUGAAAAAAGUUUGAAUCCGACCGGAACAUGUCACUUUUUCUUGGUUUUUUGCUUGUUUUUGAACAAAAAAUGACUUUUUAUAUUGAUGAAAAAGAUAAAUAUUGUUUUACUAUACUAAUAAAAACAAUUUCAGAUCAAUCGCUUCGAGCCAGACCACAAUUAUCAGCCAAAAAAGCUGGAUUUGGAUGUUAUCGUACCGGACACGCUGGACCUAACCCCAUACCGUUUCGAAGGUCAGAAGCCGGAUGAAGAACUCUUACCUGAUUCUAUCAAAGUACCUGUAAUUGACACUUCAGUACCAACUGUUGAUGUUCAGGUCAAUGAGAAUUAUGUUAGGGAGGUAGGGUAAUGUUGGUAUUGUUGUAGGUAUAGGUAUAGGAAAAUAGGAUUUUUAAAGUUUUUGGUCGAAAAAUCUUUAGAAAAAGGUAAAUUUUGGCAUUUUAGGUAACAAAAUUUAUCUUUAGGUAAUGAAUCUUGGCUUCACCCGGAACGCCUGCGAACGCGCCGUCUUCGAAACCAAGAACGCCGGACCAGACGCGGCGGCCGAAUGGCUGUUUGGCCACUGUGAAGACCCCGACAUCAACGAUCCACACCCAGAGUUGGUCAAAGCUCGACUACGUUUAGCCACCGACCCCCCAAAAACGGCCGUAAGCGACGAAAAAAUCAGCGAACUUAGCUCAAUGUUGGGUACCACCUUGUACCAAAGCCGAUACGCCCUGGAGAAAACGAAUGGCGACAUGAACGCGGCGGCCGAAUGGUACUUUUCAAACAUGGAUGAUAUACCACCAGAACCGGAAAGCUCGAAGCAUGAAUCAGCAUCGUCAGUACCUCAGAGUGCUGGAUCAGGAGCUUCAGGUUCAGUACCAUCAGCACCAGACUCGCUCGGUGCAGCACCAUCAGCACCAGAAUCCUUUGGCGCCGUAUCAUCGACACCAGAAUCUUUUGGAGCAGCACCAUCAGCACCAGGCUCAUUCGGAGCAGUACCAUCAGGACCAGGCUCGGCCGCAACCUCAGCCCCAACCACGCCCCAAAAAACCACCUACGACGGGCAUGGUAAAUACAAUUUACGCGCCUUCAUCACCCACAUUGGCUCCUCACCCCAGUCCGGCCACUACAUUUGCCACAUCCGCCACAACAACACCUGGUACAUUUACAACGACGAGAAGGUGGCAUUCAGCCAGAACCCACCCAAGAACCUGGGCUACAUCUACUUCUACGAGCGUGACAGCCAGUAG